GUGAGUUAUUCUCUAUUUGAUCUCAUGGCUUUUCUCUCAGUGUUUGUUAUGUUUGUUACCAUUGUUGUCUCAGCCACCCCUGGUUAUCAUGUACAUGGUAUAAGCUGCAUUGAGAAUGAAAGGAUAGCCCUUCUCAGCAUCAAAGAAGGCAUUGAGAGCAACGACCAAAACUGGCUUUCUUCUUGGACCGGCCAUGACUGCUGCAAAUGGAGGGGAGUAUCCUGCAACCUUGAAAGAAGGCACGUCAUCAAGCUUGAUCUCAGACACCUUUAUGAUAUUGAUGAUUAUCCCAUACCACCAAGUAAGUUGAGUUCUUCACUAAUUCAGCUUCACUACUUAAAGCACUUGGACUUGAGCAUGAACAAUUUCAGUGACUCCCCCAUCCCAGACUUCAUUGGCUCCCUCUCCAACCUCCAAUACCUUGACCUCUCCCAUGCCCGAUUCAGAGGAGCCGUUCCUCAUACUCUUGCAAACCUAACAUCCCUGUGCUACCUUAAUCUCAGUUCAUAUUAUUAUGAACCCUUCCUACAAGCUAAUGACCUCCACUGGUUGUCUAGAAUAAAUUCUUUGCAGUACCUUGACUUGAGUGGUGUGGACCUCUCAAAGGUGUCUGGUUGGCUUCAUGAUAUUAAUAUGCUCCCUUCUCUUCUUGUCCUACAACUCUCUGAUACUAAUCUCCAAGGCGGUGGCCUUCAUGAUGCUACUCUCUCUCAUCUCAACUUCACAUCUCUUCGUGUGCUUGAUCUAUCUGGGAAUGGUUAUCUCAACAUCACUCUGCCUCAGUGGUUGUUUAAUCUUACUAGCCUUGUUCAUCUUGAUUUAUCUUUUACUGGGCUCAUGGGAUCCAUGCCUGAAAGAGUUGGAAGACUUAGAAGCCUGCAAUACUUGGAUUUGAAACAGAGUAUGAUAGGUGGAGAUAUACCAGAAUCCUUUGGUAAUCUUAUGUUUCUUCAACACUUGGACUUGUCAUAUAAUGGGUCUGGAGGGUAUGUUUUCAGUGGCAAAUUGCCUGAAAAUAUUGGGAACCUUGUUCACCUUCAGUUUCUAGAUUUGUCUAAUAAUAUGCUUGUUGGGGAAUUACCGGAGAGCAUUGGAAAUCUCAGAAGAUUGCAACAUUUGAGACUGAGAGGUAAUCGUAUCAAUGGCCCAUUACCCGAGUCUAUAGGGAAACUCAGUAGCUUGACAGAGCUAGACUUAUCAAUGAACAACAUUAGUGGAACAUUGCCAAAAUCCAUGGGGAACUUAUGCAAGUUAGAGAAUUUGGAGUUGAGUAGCAAUUUUAUCAAUGGAGCAAUUGAUGAUCUGGUGAAUGGCUUGUCCAGUUGCAGAGGAAACAAGAAAUCCAUGAGAAAUAGUUCUGUUUUAGAGGACACGUAUGGUUUAUUCAACUUAGAUUUGACAAACAACAGAUUUAAUGGGACUGUCCCUGAGAGCAUAGGAAGGUUAGCUAAACUGAGAAUGCUACAGCUUCAGGAAAAUUCAUUCGUUGGUAUAUUAACUGAAAACCAUUUUGUCAAUCUGACAGACUUGUUUUACAUCGAUCUCUCCUAUAAUUUGUUGCAGCUGAACGUGGCUGAGGAUUGGGUGCCGCCUUUUUAUAUUACUUCUUUACUGAUGUGUUCUUGCAGAAUAGGCCCCAAGUUUCCUACUUGGCUUAAAACUCAAAGAGCGUUGAAUCUUAUUUGUCUAUCAGAGGCUGGACUUUCUGGCAAUGUCCCAACAUGGUUUUGGAAUUUUUCACUUGUUGGUUUUAUGCUUCUCAAUAUAUCACACAAUGAUCUAAGUGGAACAAUACCUGCUUUCCCAACUUUCUUCUUGCAGGUUAUUGAUCUGAGUUCAAACAAAUUUGAAGGUUUGAUACCUGAGUUGAAUUCUGGAAGUUUGUAUAUCAUUGAUCUUAGUGACAACUCUUUCUCUGGUACUAUUCCAUCAUCCUUUGCUUCAGCUAGCCAAGUUGAAGCUCUUGCUUUAUCACAUAAUCAUAUUAAUGGCAGCAUUCCACUGUUCUUCUGUGGCCUUAAUUCUUUGACAGUGCUUGAUCUAUCUAGCAACAACAUGUCUGGAGAACUUCCCAACUGUUGGAAUCAGUUGUCAAAGUUAGCAAUAAUCGAUUUAUCUAACAACAGUUUCUUUGGCAGCAUUCCUGAUGCCGUUGGCUCUCUUACCAAUCUUCAAUCCUUGCAUUUGCAAAACAAUUCCCUAUCGGGAAAUCUCCCUUUGUCAUUGAAAAAUGCAAGCAGAUUGGUGGCUCUUGACAUUGGUGAAAACAAUCUUUCUGGGAGCAUACCUGCAUGGAUAGGCGAAAACCUUCUGUCAUUAGUAAUCCUCCGCCUAAAAUCAAACAUGUUUAAUGGUAUCAUACCAGAGCAGUUAUCAAAACUCUCAAAUCUCCAGAUUCUGGAUCUUUCUCACAACAACCUCUCAGGUGGCAUUCCUCAUUCUUUUGGAGAUUUUAAAGCCAUAGUCACAAGUACUAGUAACAGAUCUCUUCUAUUUAUUUCUGAAUAUGAUCAGACAAGGCUUUAUUUUAAUGUCACACUUCUUGGUGCAACUUCACCAAGCUAUAAUUACUUAGAAUCUCUAGUGAUAAGAGCGAAAGGGCAGCAAAGAGAAUACACAAAGGUGCUCUUAUUAGUCACAAGCAUUGACUUGUCAGGCAACAGGCUCUCUGGUGAAUUCCCUAAUGAGCUAACGAAACUACAUGGGUUGCGCUUCUUUAGUCUUUCUGACAAUCUUUUCAAUGGAAAGUUACCAGAAAACAUUGGUGACAUGAAUCAGCUAGAGUCCCUUGAUCUAUCUAUCAAUAACUUUUCCGGUAUCAUUCCUCAAAGCAUAUCUUUGCUGAACUUUCUGGGUCAUCUGAACCUCUCACACAACAAGUUGUCAGGGAAAAUACCAUCAGGCAAUCAACUUCAAACUUUCGAUGCAUCAGCUUUCUUUUGGAAUGAUGGUCUUUGUGGAUUUCCCCUUGGUGAUUGCAAGAAUAAGACUCCUCAUGGUUCUUUAGAUGAAGGAAAUCAAGAUGGAUAUGGAGAUUGGUUUGAUGACUUGUGGCUUUACAUAGGUCUUGCAUCAGGAUUCAUUCUUGGGUUUUGGAUGUUCAUUUUGUUCAUCAUGAUCAACCAAACAAGAAGAAUUUCUUAUUUCCGAUUGAUAGACAAGGCUUAUGAUUGGAUUUAUGUGAAGUCGGUGAUAUACUCCAGGAGACUGAAAUCAAUACUUACAAGGAGGAACUAAGGCCAGGCUUCAGCAUCAAGUGGCGUUGCGGGGAGACAAAGUGUUGAACAUCCUUUUAUCUAUCUUUCCUUUAUUUCCAGUCUUAUGUAUGUUUAUCCUUGAGCAUGUUCCAUUAUGUAACGGAUAUGUAUCGACUAGUAUCUUUGGGGUUAUGAACAUGCAUACUUGUCUAUUUUCUUGAAAAACCUUGUUGUAUGGUGACUUGUAUGACUCUUGGAACCAUGUUAUCUUGUUGUUGAACCUAUUGCUUCAUCUGUGUAUUAUCAUAUUAUGUAUCUUUGGAUAUUUCGCAUUUAUGAUUUUGUGUUUAUGAUUUUGUU